AUGUGUAAUGCCAGGUCUUCGGGGCGAUUGAACAUGGAAAUGCUCGGGAAGUUCGAGAAGACCGCGCAGGAGUGGCUCCAUUCCCGCGUCGCCUUCGCGAAGAUAGACACGGACCGAGACAAGGCGAUGGCGGAGAAGUGGAUCAACCCGCACAUGGUGCCGACGAACAUCAUGUUCCGUGACGGAGAGGGCGUGCCGGUGGACGACGUGGGCGACUUUGAGAGGCUCAAGAGCGAGUUCCACGCCAACCCGGAGGGUCAGAGGUGGUGGCUUACCAAGUACCUGGGCGACGACCCCGAGGGCACCAACCUCCACUACGUGGCGCCCGCCAAGACUGCCAAGAGCCUGAAGAGGGCCCUGAAGAGGAGCAGCGUGACCCUGGUUGCCUUCCUCGAGGCCGCCAAGGGCGACGCCUGGGAGGCCUUCCACGAGCUGGCCUGGAGCGCCCACCAGCCUGGUGGAGCUGCAGCGGCAGACGGCAGGCGGCUGGAGGCGGCCGCACUCGGCCUCGGCUUCGCCGCCGCCGCGGGCCGCGUGGACAAGAGCGUCACCGCCCCGGCGAUCGUGUUGUGA